UGUUACCACAUGGUUAAGUUUGUAGGCGCGUCAACCGCCGCCUAGCUUAAACUCACUUCCUGGAACGGCGGUUUGCUAGUAUUUACUAUUAUUAAGCUACUGUAAAACGUAUGUAUCUUUCUCUGUGUACGUAUUUAAGACUCUUGCACAUGCAGGAAGUGGCUGUAGCCUGUUUGAGUUGCAUUUCUGUCGUCUUAGUGAACGGACAUCCAUUCGUGAACGAUCUACAAAGAGUCCUGGUUUGACUUUUUAGAGUAGUUGAGGAUUACUUCUCCCCGAAGCACAGCAGCAGGACACCCACCACAUUGUGAAGCUUUGCAGCAAAAAUACCAAUUCAGUGAUGGAUCCUGCUUUCCAGCAACACUCACUUUCACAUUUCGCAUCUUUUCCCCAAGAGACUCCAAUCAAACCAUCUCAAGUCCCAAACUUGAUUUCUCAUCCAGCACCCAGGAGAGGUUUGCCUCUCCAGACUCCGGAGGAAUGCAGCAUGAACAAGUUGAGCCCAAACUGGCAUCCAGCAGGAAUGAAAUAUCCGGCAGCUCUCGUUUCAAGUAGUUCAACGAACAUUGUUUCCCCUGUGAACUCUUUGUUAAAACACAAACUUGGUCCUCUGAAGCCCUUUUCUCCAUCUCAUGGCCAUGUUCUGAGCAGCCCGGUUAAUGGUGCCACUCCAGCAAGGGAAAAUCUGGGUCCUCAACAGAACAUGAUACGGUUGGGCUCAGGAUAUUUCACCUCACCUCAAGUUGUUUCAGCCAGCCAAACUAAGACUCAAACCUCAGCUGAGAGAACUUUUAUUCCCACUAUAUUUAAUUCUCCAUCUCCUCAGUCUGGGAAGAAUAUAAGCAACCCUCUCCCCUCCUGCCUCUUCAGACAGGAUCAAGGAACUGAAUCCAAGAUCCCAUCCUCUAACUCAGGAAAAAUCAAGGAUGUGUCACAGAGAGAAGACCCAAAUAAGAGCAACCAACAUGAACAGACACGUUCAAGAGAAAGCAUUAUUCCAGUGAUGGAUCUGAAUAGCACAUCCCAAAAGAGAGGCUGGGAGGGGGAGCCUUGCUUUAAGAACACCAAGAAACCUUGUCACAAAGGAAUAAACCAUGGAACAACAGAGACAAACGGAGUUACUCCUGGCGCCUCACCAAGAUCUUCACUGGACAGUCAGCCAUCAACAAAAACCUCCUUGGUCUUUGAGCUGUCGCCUGAAACAGCAAACGGACUUCUGAAGUCUGAGCCGGCAUGCUCAGCGUUGUCAUCCACACUCAAACCCUCGAGGUUAGACUUAGUUUGUCCAAAGAAAACGCCAUCUGCAGGGGCAAAGAAAGGCUUUAUUACCACUGAGAAUAAUAUAGUGAAGUUAAGAUUAACUUCAACUCUGAGUAAAGGGAGUCCAAAGAUUCAAAAUGAGGAAAACCAAAGGAAGGACAAAUCAAGUUCUUCUAAAGUUCAUCAUAAGGAGUGCAGCAAACCUCCACAUGUUGGUUCGGUUUGUAGUAACUCCAACGCUGGCUGUAGUGUACCAGUUAAGACAGAAAGCAGAAAAUUAGAGGGCAUCUCUCCAAAACCAGCAUCUAAGCCUAGUUUAAGUUGUAGCACACCAGAACGUAGUAAAGCCAGUCGUGUACGAAAACCAGUGGUUGUCCUUGACGACAUAGAUCAACUCUUCACCCCUGACCCCAACGUUUAUGUUGUCAGGCCUGCAAGUAAGGCCCCAAAGUGUAAGAUGGAAGAGCAAACGAUAAAGUCACCCACUUCAAAGAAAAGUUCCAGCUGCAGUCCAACAGUUACACCCAUAUCUCCUCCUGUCACACAACCUCUUCAGGCAGCCUCCUCACCAGCCUCUAACCGGACUGUCUUUUUGCCAACUGUGACUUUGGAGCGACUAAAACUGGAAGAUGGAGGCAUCAAACACAGUCCUGUCAAUUCUUCAAGAAGUCAAUCUAAGGAUGAGAGUUUUAAACCUCAGCACAACCUCUCCCUGAAACCUAAAACCAGUGAGGGUUUGCGUUGCUUGGAGAUGGACACAGCAGCCUCUGUGCAAGAGACUUCCCCUCCAUGCACAAAGCCUCCACCAUUAGAGGAGGAGGACAGUGAUGGGAGUAAGAGGGGGAAAGAAGAAGACUCUAUUGACGUUGAACUAGACCUUGGCCUGAGCAUUUCAUAUGGUAUAGAUCCAAGCCAGAGCUCUGACAGCAGCGAGGACGAGGAGCCGCUAAUCUCCUUCCAGGAGAUGAUGGAGCACGUUGCGAAGCCUCCAGACACGCCGCAGAAAGAAACCAUUUCAGAGCCGAACACGCCAGGAAGUCGUAGCUCUCAGUCAAAAACGCACCUGCUGUCAUCCUCCACAAAGCCAGGAGUCUACAAGAACAACCUGGACCAGAUGUUGAAGGAGAUAAACAGCACCAAGAAAGCAAAGGAGAUUGAAGCACAACUUCUGUCUGCCUGCAAUGAAGACCUCUUGAGGUUAGCUGAGUAUGAGGCGGCAGAGGAGAACCAGGAGGAGAUUGCCAAUGAACACCAGGAGUUUCUGCAGCACUUCUCAUUGAUGUCUGCUGCAAUCAGAGAAAUCCCACCAGGGGAGAUGGUUUUUAACCUGGAAAGGUUCGGCCAGGUCUUUCACCAGGAUUCACUGCAGCUCAGGCAGUGCCACGUCAGUCCUCAAGGGGCCUCUCAGAAGACACUUAUUUGGUCCAGUCCUGCUCAGUUGAGACUGCACUUGAAUGUUGGUCUGUUUGAGGAAGCUUACUGUAACUCACCUUGUCCAGCUCAGGUUACCUGCUUUCUUUUCAAGAUGAUGUCGGUCCAUAGUGAAAGGAUCAUAUCCAAUAAGAUCCUACGAGCCCUUUGUGACAUCGCCUGUUCUGCUGCUUAUCAGAUAGUGAACAAUGACAACCAGAAGUUUGAAGUUUGGGUUCCCAGUUUGGCAGAUGUGACGCUGGUCUUUAUGAACAUGGGUGCUGCAUUUGUGACACUCUUCCCCUUUGAGAGUCUGCAGCCAUCAUUCACAGAGGGAGAUUUGCUAGAGGAUAUCUAUCUCAAAAGUGAGUCUCCUACUAACAACAAUGAAGAGAUCAGUUUCCCUGAACACAACUGCACAAACAUCUUAAAGUACCUGUCUUACUGUAUGGGGCUCUGCCCUCAUGCAUACAGCAACGAUGAGCUGCUGUUGCUGCUUACUGUGGUGGGAAGAAUCAGCCUUGACACACGGCUAAUCCUCCAGUCCAGCGUAGCAGUGAGCUGUCUGCUGUAUACAAUAAUCAACAACAUCAGUGACUGGUCUUCUGUGCUGCCGAGAGUCUGUAAAGCCCUGACUGAUUUAACAGAUGAUCAUCACAACAUGUGCCUCCUGAUUCAGCUCCUACCUGACAGUAAAUGUGGAAAAGAACUCCGCCGCCAUUUAAGCAUGUGCUUCAUCUCUAAGUUGUUGGAUGGAAAUUGCACCUAUAUCCCUGUGGAGACAGAACUUCCGCUUGCCGAGUUGAGGCCGUAUCUUCCUCAAAUGCAACCCUCCGCCCUCGUCCGAAGUAUCCAGCAGAAAGACAAAGAGGAGGACAUGGCAACUCAAGACCAACAGGCCUACUACCUGUGUUAUAGCCUUCUGACUCUGACAAAUGAGGCGUCCAAUUUACAGGUCUUCACACCUCAGCAGAAGGCGCAGCUGCUUGUUUUGUCAUCCGAACUGGAAACACAUGUUAAAUGUGACAUCAGAGAAAGCGAAAAGUGCCUUUACCGCAGCAAGGUGAAGGAUCUGGUAGCCAGGAUCUACACAAAGUGGCAGAUGCUCCUCCAGAAAACUAGACCUCUCAAUGGUAAGCUGUAUGAUUAUUGGCAACCUGUGGAAACCUUCGGAAACCCUGAAGACGAUGAAGAAGCAGUUUUCAUUGAAGACGAUGAAGAAACCAUAAUUGAUGAGAAUGAUACUUUAAUUGCCGAAAAUAAAGAAGGAGAAAAUGAAAAAACGGAGGUUAAAGAAGACAUGGAAGUAGUUGCACAUCCGGGAGACAAGGAAGACGACACAAAGGCGAGAGAAACGACAGCGACAGAGGAGCAAAUGACUGAUGACUUGCAAGCAAUGCCUGUGAUGGAGCCUCUAGCUGUGGAUGAGAAAAUUGAUCCCAGUCCUAAAGAAUGUACAGACACAGAGACUCGGACUGCUGAAAGGGAAAAAACGCCACCCCCUGAUGCUGUCAUGUGAAUCUCUGUCAUGCAUAUCUUUUUUUUUCUCUUCUGGUUGUCGAAACCUUUUGCCUUUAAGUAAAAAUUAUUUGCACUUUUACUUACUGAUUAGUCUUUUUCGAAUAUGUAACUCUCAGGUUAACCGUAUGCAAUAGUAGAUUUUUAUAAAACUUUACAUUUGAUUAAAAAAAAAACGUUUAGAAUACAAAGUUUACAGAGG